AUGGCUAAAGUGCACAUAACCAACGUCGUGGUGCUGGACAAUCCCAGUCCGUUUUUUAACCCUUUCCAAUUUGAGUUGACCUUCGAAUGCAUAGAAGAACUCAAGGAAGAUCUCGAAUGGAAAAUGAUAUACGUCGGUUCGGCGGAAUCGGAAGAACACGACCAGGUAUUAGACACGAUUUAUGUAGGACCGAUACCAGAGGGAAGGCACAUGUUUGUCUUCCAAGCCCCACCGCCAGACGUCACACGCAUACCAGAAAACGACGCACUAGGCGUCACUGUGGUGCUACUGGCGUGUUCAUAUAGGGGACAGGAGUUCGUCAGAGUCGGUUAUUAUAUUAAUAAUGAAUACAAUGAAAGUGAGCCGGAAUUACGCGAGAAUCCGCCAGCAAAACCACAGUUCGAUAAAGUAGUGAGAAAUAUAUUGGCUUCAGAACCAAGAGUGACUAGGUUUAAGAUUAACUGGGCUGAACCGGACGCAGCUGUUGCAACGGACAGCGGAGACGGCAAUUUGGAAAUGUCACAUGCACCGAGUAAUGAUUCAUAUGGUGCGUCAUUCAAUGCUGAUAGUCAAAUAAGCGGUACUGAGUUCCAGGGUAGCCUAAGUGGCUACGGAGACAAUUCAAAUUCAAUCGCUCCGAUGGAGUGUUGA